AUGGUCGUCGGCGCUACACUAUUCAACGACUAUGGCAUAUUCACCACGUUUCGCUCGCUUCACGGCCUUUUCGGCACCGUGCCCCAGGUGGUCGGUCUGCCGAUCAUCCAUGACAUGGGGGCGACAUUCCUCGUUUUACCGUCUCUGGGGCCUGCGCUGGCCGGAUAUAUCGGGGCAGCCAGCGACUGGAAAGUUUCAUUCGGCAUUCUUACUGUCUUCUACGGCUUGUCCACAGUCCUCAUUUUUUGCUUUGGCCAUGAAACAUAUUUUGUGCCUGGCCGCCAGUGUCAGCGGAACCGUCGUCUGUUGCCAAUGUUCGGCGUCAGGAACCACAAUCUGCCUGCUGGACCGACUUUGCUUUACUGGUGUGGGACCAUGCUGGUCUACAUCUUCAAGGCUUCUUUGCUACUGACCGGUAUCGUGACCAUGGUCAACUUCUGUUGGCCAAUUGGUAUCACGGUCACCGUGUCCACCUUCGUGGCCGAGCCACCAUACUUAUUCAACACAGUCCAGUCGUCCUCACUCCGAUGGGCUGCUAUUCUUGGCGCCCUCCUCGGCUGGGUCUACGGCUACUGGUUCAACGGCUGGGUUGGUCGGUCCAGCCCGACAACAUACUACACAGAGAAGCGACUUCAUGGGGUUUGGGCGGCCAUCGUCACCAUGGUCUGUGGCCUGCUUACCUACGGCCUGGCGCUGAACUUCGGUAAGCAUUGGAUUGGGCUGGCCUUCGGAUGGCUGAUGGUGGUCGCCGGCAUGGUUGCGAGUACUGUAUCCAUCACGUCCUAUGCGCUGGAGAAAUAUCCUGAGCAGUCCACGGUUGUCUCCGCCAUCAUCAAUGCUUGGCGCACCGCCAGUGGGUUUUCGGUGGGCUAUUUCCAGCCCGCCUGGAUCCAGCGCGAUGGAGUCGCCGCAGUGUUUGGCACACAAGCCGCUGUCGUGGUGGCUAACAUGAUUCUGACCAUCACUCCCGUCAUUGUUAUGGGGCGGCGAAAGGCCGCACGCAAGACAACAUUGGCUUAG